UGAGUACAUUCAGAGUUCAAAGACAAACAAAUUCAAACACGUUAACUGAUGGAGUAGGUUGGUGUCGCCGCUAUUGAAUCCGAGCUCUACACUUAACGACAAAAAUUUUAAGAAAGAAAGAAAAAAACCAUACUGUCUUAAGAAAACAGAGACAGGAAGUACCGGAACUUGAUGCUCGCGCAGCAGCUUUUUUAGGAGGGCAGUGCGGCAACGUAACUUCAAUCGAUUAAGUUUUUUCCCCCCCUCGAGACAACACUGUGUAACGGAUAAUAGCCCAGUAUGCUGCAGACGGGUCAAGCUGGAGCAUUCCUGACCUCACCUCCAGGAGCUGGUCCAGUCACCAGUUUUACCAUUCCGCCAUCAGAGAACGAUUUCAAGCACAUCCAGUUUGUCCAAGAGGACGGACGGGUCAAACGGCCGAUGAAUGCCUUUUUAGUGUGGUCUCACAUCCACAGAGAGGUCUUGCAGGAAGCCUUCCCAGGAAUAGUCGGCAAUGAAAUCAGUGUUCAGCUUGGAAACGAGUGGUUUAAACUCAGCGAGGAACAGAAGAGGCCCUACUAUGAAGUAGCUGACAAGCUGAAGAAGCAGCACAGGCAGCAAUUCCCUGAUUACGAGUAUUGCCCCAGAAAAAGAAAAUUCAGAGAGCAAGCUUUAGAAGGAAAACAUGGCCAAACGUCAGGACAACAGCAGGGCUCAAAUGUCCCCUUUGUCUCACAAAUAACACCCUCGUGUCAGCCGGACUUCCUGGACCCGAUUCCCUUGGGUCCAUCUGUUGUGCCUUAUUCAGUCUGCUAUGAUCCCUGUUUGCCUUUUAACCUCCAUCAUCCAGCAGCUACCCACCCCAUGGGCCAGAGCCAGAGUUUAAGCCCACAAUUUGACAGGAGCCAGAUGGAGGAGAUGACGAACAUCAACCAGAGUUAUUGGCAGGGUGGAGCUGUUGGGCCGUCUCCCUUUGAUCCGAAUCAUUACACAGCUGGCCUCUACCAAGAAGUCAUUCUUGGCUCUAACAUGAAUUCAGUGUUGGGUGAUGUUGUCACCUUUCAACAAGACUGCCUUUAAACAGUGUGGGGUGUUUAUGUGCCAGCAUGAGGGUGAUGUGGGCAGAGAGACACAUUGGCACCACUCUUUUGAUGUGUUGUUUACAUGUAAUUAAAUAAAAGGUUCCCUAAUUGUUCACAGUU